GGGGAAGAGAUGUACAUUUGUCUACGUCUUAUCAGUGUGACCCAUCAUCUUUCCUCUCCCUUCUAUCCUCUUCUUCCUCCUCCUCUUCUUUAAAUUUGAGCCUCGAUACAACCGCCACCAUGAGCGUCCCCGCCACGAUCUGCGCUUCUGGCACCCUCAUCGGCACCAUUUGCGCCGGCGUCGCUUGUACGGUCAUCAACACCGCGCCGAAGGUUCUCAGCGCCUGGGAAUCAGUGGGACGAUGGUUCCGCCAUAUCUUCGACCUUGGGGAACCAACCCAAAACCCUUGAAGAGGCCUACAGUAGGUCUACUCAAGAAUGUAUGCAUUCCUGUUACUGUUGCCGAUACAGGCCUGGCCUGCCACCCAUUCCUAUCCCUUUCCCCAUCCUCUGCUCCCUUAGCUAUUUUCUUAAUACUUGCUACUACCGCUGCUUUCUGCUACUAUCGCUAGUCUCUUCAAGUACUGCUCCUAUGGGUCGAGCAAUCAUGGGAAAUGGGAAAUGGGAAGUGGGAACCGCGUAGAGGAUUACGGCGCGAAAAUGGGAAUCAACUUUGCUAUACAAAUGGGAUUGGAAAUGGGAACGGUUAUAUCCAAAUGAGGCGGAGCUGAUCUGGGAAACAGGCUAUG